AUGUUCGGUAGUAAUAAAUUUCUUUUAUCUCAUGGUGUUACUCAUGUAAUUGCUCCAAAACAAUUGUUGAUGAAACUUGUAGCAACAUUCGUAUUCAUUCGUCGAAUAUUGCAUCCAUAUGACGUUCUUGAAGCUCAAUAUGGUUCUGAUAUUCGUCCGGGUGGUCACUGGUUUCCAUCAAGAUGUCAACCUGAGCAACGCAUUGCUAUUAUUAUUUGUUAUCGAAAUCGUGAACAACAUUUUAAAAUACUUCUCGACAAUCUACAUCCAUUUCUUCAACAGCAACAACUGGACUACACGAUAUUUGUUGUGAAUCAACAUGGACAAGAACUAUUUAAUCGAGGAGCAUUAUUCAACAUAGGCUUUAUUGAAGCCAAAAAGUAUUAUCCAUUUACUUGCUUUAUAUUUCAUGAUGUUGAUUUACUACCAGAAGAUAGAAGAAAUAUUUAUACGUGUGCCGAUCAACCUCGACAUAUGUCAGUAGCGAUGGAUAAAUUUGACUACAAAUUAGUUUAUUCGACAUUCUUCGGUGGUGUUACAGCUUUUAAGACCGAUGAUUUUCUUGGCACUAAUGGCUAUUCGAAUGUUUAUUGGGGUUGGGGUGGCGAAGAUGAUGAUAUGUAUUCACGUGUUGUCCAUAAGUUGAAAAAACCAAUAACAAGAUAUCCUAUUGAGAUUGCUCGAUACAAAAUGAUCCGUUCAAAUGAGCACAUAUCAGCUCCAGCGAAUCCUCAUCGAUUCAAAAUACUUCGUUCACAAUACGACUUUAAACUUGAUGGCAUCAAUACGAUUCAAUAUCGACUUCUUGGAGUGACUUUUUAUAAAUUAUUUACACUUGUCAAUGUCACACUAAGCCAAGAAACAUACGAACAGAUACGCAUUCGACUACAGAUGAAAAAGCGCACCAGAAAACGAUAA